GUCAAUGUCAAACUGUAUAAAAACAAGCGUCUAUGUCGAUUUGUUGUGUAAAUUCGAUCAAAAUAUACCAAAAACUAUCGUUUAAUUGCAAGAAAAUCAUUAUAAAAUAUUAUUCAAGGUGUUAAAUAUAUAAUAACUUCAAAAUGAGCUCUAUACAAGAGCGUUUGCAGCUCAAACGUGUACCAUUAGAUACUUGGAAUGUGAGAGAGCAGUUGUGUCUUGCUUCCGCGGUUGUAAGAAGCGGAGAUCAGAACUGGAUGUCAGUUUCCCGCGCUUUAAAAACUAUUGGCGAGCCAAACAGACCACCAGACUGGUAUUCUCAAAAGAGCUGUGCAGCUCAAUACGGAGCUCUUCUCGAACAUGUGGAGACGCCAAAGCGCAAGAAACGAAGCUCAGAAGGUGCGGUGGAAACUCCGCAGGAAAGUAUAUGGAAGAGGUUGAUGCAGGAACGCAUUGCAGAGAUACAGAAACAGUUGGCGGAGAUGCAACAACAGUAUGAUCAGGGAAAGGACAUCGUACAAGAACUACGUAACCCGGCUACUUCAGAUGAUAGGAUAAGGGAACUCUAUGCCAAUAUGGAAGCGAGGAACAGAGCGAGAGAGCGAGAGCAAGCGAGGCGCGCGGCCUGGUUGAAAGAAAGAGACGAAAAACGUGCCAGAGCUGAUCGCGCUUGGAAACCUAUGUUGAAUAACAAUACCACGCCGAACCAGCCUACACCGUCGUCUCCCGCCCCCCCAGCGUCUCCCCUACUGACGUCGCUGCUCAAAUCUUCACCAGUCGUGACAACCCCCCAACACAUCUCGCAUCCAGCCAACUGUGUCGAAACAGUAUCCCCAUCAGUGACAGCGCCAACGCUAUCGAUGCUUCUGGAGAAGUCAGCUUCGGGGACCAGUCAGCAUGAAAGCAAACAUGCAGCUAUUGAGCAUAUCAAGAGUCAACUGGUUCAAAUUGAGCAACAACUUAAAGCAAACACGCCACCGGUCCUAUCAACGACCGCCCAGCCGUCCCAGGCUCCUCCUCUGGACCUGGAUGACAUCGAAAUCAAAGCUGAAGACGUUUACGCGUUCAGGGAUAUCGACAUUCAUAUUCCACCAGUCGCCACCAUGCAUAAACCUGGUACAAGUUCCAGGCCCCCUGAUAAGCCGGCUGGUCCAGCUGGCAAGGAAGAAGAGCAGGUUCAGUCCCCCGCUGUGGCAGGGGAAGGGCCAGUUAUCGUGGACGAACAAGUCAUUAAGGUGGAACCAGAUCAAAUGGUAGUUGAACCUGUCGAAGAGGAAAUACUUCAGGAGGAGAUUGAAACUGAACCUGUACAUCCAGCCGUCCAACCAGCUAGGAUUACGAAAGAGAAUACACCGGAAGCAGAAGUCAAGAUCGCCUUCCCAGAAGUGAAAUUCCCGACCACGGAAAUUAAAGUUAUACAGCCAGAAGAUCACAAGAUUAAAGAAGAAAUAAAAGAACCAGAGCCGCCGACAGAAGUGACGCCAGAAGUAGAGACGGUGGAAGAAGAAUUAGUCACAGUAGACGACACUCCUCAAAUCGUUGAAGAAGAAAGCGUAAUACAAGAAGACCCGACUCCUCUACCGGCAGAAGAAGAGAAGCCAGAAGACCCCCCUGUAGAAGUUGAACAGACCACAGAAGAGAUAGAGGCAGUUGAACCAACGGUAGAGAUUCCACCGGAAACUAUACCAUUGCCACCGGAACCGGAAAUAGAGCCUGUGGUCGAGACUGAGACUCAAGUCGUCGAAGAGCCCCCACCACCCCCAAAAGAAGAGCCGCAAAUCCCAUCUUUACCUGAACCAGUACACGCAGACAACAUAGAGAGGGAGUUAGAAAUGAUGGAAAAAGGAGAAGAAGUAAUCAGAGAAGAACAGAAGACCGCAGAAGAGGUUAAGAAGGAUGAAGAGUCUGAGGACUCGAUCCCUCUAAAAGAGAUGAUAAAAGAAGAAUCUCUCCCCGUCGCUCAAGAAGCAGAAGUGAAAGAAGAAAGAGAGAAGACUGAUGUAGAAGACGCGCAUACUGAGACAGAUGAUGAUACGCCUAUGGAGUUGAGCAGAGAAGAAGAGAAAGAUGGCAAGAAGAAGAGGGAUUACUCGCGCAAGAAGAAAUCGGAUUCUAGAACUUGCUCAGGGUCUGAGAGCGCGGCGGAGGCCAGCGGGGCGGAGUCCCCGGGGGGCUGCGACGUUGACAGACAGCAUCGCUUGUGGAAGAAGUCCGUCAUGCUCGUCUACAGCAGGUUAUGCACUCACAAGUAUGCGUCGCUGUUUCUUCGCCCCAUCAGCGAUGAAGAGGCUCCAGGGUACAGCAUGGUGGUCAAACGACCCAUGGACCUCACGACCAUCAGGAAAAACAUCGACUCCGGCGUUAUAAGGACCACAGCGCAGUUUCAACGUGACGUGCUACUAAUGCUAUCGAACGCUCUCAUGUAUAACAGUAGUGAACACAGCGUGUACACUAUGGCCAAGGAUAUGCAUGCCGAGGCUCAAGGCCAACUAGGCAUGUUGCUAGCAGCGCAGGCGCACGCAGGCCUAGUACACUCCGCCCCAGCUAGACGGAAGCGACGACGGGAACACUCACCUAACUUGCAGGGUCAUAAGCGACAACAUUAAGCUCUGGUCCAUCAGUUCAGUGCCCGGUUUGGUGGUUGGACCUAACGCUACAGAGCUGCCAUCUCUCGGAACGUUUCAGAAAACCUUCAUUCUGUAUACACCAACUCGAUUUCGUUAGAAGGCCAGAGUUAAUAAUACAUAUAGUCGAUCUCAAUCAUUGCUUGCAAAAUAGACUUUAAUUUCUUUCGAAAAUUUUAGAUCGAUUCACAGAUUUUCAAUAAAGAUCAGUUAUUAUAAGGAACUUCUGUUUUUUUUUUGCUCACAUCACAUCAUCAACUUAUAAGUGCAUACAGCUAAGCAAAGGCCUCUUCUCACACGGAGAAGGUUUGAGCAUUAAUCACGGCGCUCGCUCAAGGCGGAUUGCCGAUGUCAAACUUAUAAUUAGAAAUUACAAGUCCAGGUUUCCUCACGAUGUUUUCCUUCACCGUAUGUCAGUGGUGUCUAAAUAAUCAUAGAAAGUACAUAUAACUCGGAAAAAGUCACAUUGGUACUUGCCAGGCUUCGAAGCCUUAAACUUAAGAUCUCUCGUCCUAUCGUCAAAUAAGUCAAAAAUUCUAAUCAUAUAUUUCAAACGCGACUCCGUUCGCGUGGAGUAGUGACUU